CACUUUUGUGUGUGGUUCUUUCAACCCGUUAGGGACUCGCUUGCCCAAUAAACAGCUUUGCUUCCAUCCUCUGACUUCGGCAUUGCCUGCCGCAGCCACAACAGUGAGAAAGAACGCUGAUGAAGGUUUGGGCAUGGCUUCAUAUCAUAUGCCGCUCACGACAAUGCAACGUCGAAGACCAGCUUUUCAGACGAUAGACGGUGUGCCAAGGUGCAUCGAUGUAGACCCCGACAAUUUUAGGGAAAACCUAAAGUUUCGCGCUAAAGAAGGAGACAUCGUGCAAUGCACGUUCCCCAAGAGUGGAACCAACUGGAUUCAGUACAUCACUCAGCUUAUUUUAAGGCCAGGCGAGUCAAUCAAUGAUUACCGAGAAUUCUGCGAUGGCUGGCGUUUCAUCGAUUACAUGAACAUCAAAAACUGGAAGUCACCCUACCCACUUAGAUGCUUUUCGACGCAUAUGCCCUUGUCCAGAGAACGUGUCAGUGAACAAGGCAAGUACGUUUACUUGGCUCGCAACCCUUGGGACGUGUGCGUGUCGUUCUACAAUAUGGCGACCAGAAUAAGCUACUACAAUUUCCAGGACGGCACCUUCGAAGAGUUAGUAGACGCUUUCCUCGGCGGAAACUUUGGGUACGGUGACUACUUCGAGCAUGUGGCUGCAGGAUACGAGUUGCGCAAUGAACGGAACGUACUAUUCCUUACCUACGAGGAACUGAAGAACAACACCCGAGAGGUCGUGCUCAAGCUGGCAUAUUUCAUGGGUGAAUGCUACGGACGGGCCCUAGAGCAAGACGAAGAGAUGCUGCAGAAGCUGCUGCAGAGAUCAACGCCGGAGCACAUGAGGAGCGUAGUGGUGGUUGACCUCGGCAGUGACUGGCAUCCGGAGUUGCGACUGUCCCCGUUGCGAGGGAACGUCACUUGCAUGGAAGGCUACGGGGGCAACAAAAGUCAGUUCGCUUACGUAAGAAGCGCCAAGGUUGGAAGCUGGAAAGAUUUCUUCACACCCGAACUACUCCGACGAAUGGAAGCGAGAAUUCUUGUGCUGGAGAAGACGUCUUCCUUCAUGGACCUUUGGGUGGACUUCCGUGCGGAAGCUUUAAGGCUUUCUUCAAAUUCGAGUUGAGUAAAGAAACUAUUGAAUUACAUGCUCAGGAACCUGAAGUAAAAAAAUAGUUGAUUUCGCUGCUGAAUUUCUUUUUUUUUUCUUGGGUAAAGCCAUUUGGUUGAAAGCAGGAAUGAAGAACGCCGUGUCUCCUAGGAAUGCUUGCCACAUGGCCGGAACUGAAUGUCGUAGUAGUGUUUAAUUUUUGUUAGUGUUGUGCAGUGGCAAAAACAGAGAAAAGUGUAGAAAUGAAAGGGAGGGAUGUCAAACCAGGACUACGUUCGGUUAGCAAAACUCCACUGGGCAAGGGAUGAAAGAGGAAAAUAUUGCUCCUGGAGCAUUCUGCAGCUGUCAAGUGUGAAACCAAGGUCCUAAGAUCUUGAUCGUUGAGGAAGGCCUCUCGUACAGCGGAUGAAGAGUGGCACGGAGGGCAAGGUUUUUAUUUAUUAAUGCGAGAGCGUUACUUGGCAUUACUAAGUGGUGUCGUCGAGCACAGGUAUAAUACCGGGCUUCUUAUCUCAAGGUCGUAAGCUCGAAUUCUCUUACAGUCCAAUACAUUUUCAGGCUUGGAGUGGCGCCUGACACCGCCAAAAAAUAAAUAUUGCCGAGAGCUCGUGGGGCUGUACUAGUCCAGGUGCAACCAAAUUAGGAAGGCCCACUAAGCUUCAACAAAGGCACUCCCUCACCAAAACAGGAAUUGGCCUGCCUGGUGCAAUAUUCGGCCACUCCUGAAAUUAACCCAUGGCCCUCAGUCCCCCGCGGCUGCCGAGCACCUGACCAAGGCGGCGGUCAGACCUGCGACGCGGCAGAGGGUGCUAAGAAUCUCUGGAUUCGGACAGGCCGCCACUCGAAACUGAACCUUGCAGCGUUCAGCACGCGAACGCUCUCGAGUGAGGCUAGCAUAGCAGGGCUGUUUGAGGAAUUAUCAGGCAUUGCCUGGAUAUUAUUGACAUUCGUGAGGUUAGAACUAGUCAGGCUUAUACAGUGCUGGCUAACGGCCAUGUCCUCUGCUACAGAGAUCUUCCAGAUAAGAGAGAAUUCGGGGUAGGAUUUCUAAUUCAUAAUUUCAUAGCGGGCAACAUUGAUGAAUUCUAAAGUAUUAUAGACAGGGUAGCAGUCAUCGUAAUAAAGCUGAAUCAUAGGUAUAGAAUGAAGGCAGUACAAGCCUAG